AUGGCAGACAAGGCAAAGUUUGUACCUGGAGAAAUUGUCCUAGCAAAAAUGGCUGGGUAUCCCAAGUGGCCAGCCAUAGUAAUUCCUGAAGAUAGGGCCCCUAAGCCAGUGUUGGACGCUAAACCAAAGGGCCGAACUUUGGUUUUAGUCAAAUUUUUAGCAGACUCAUCGUUCUAUUGGCAAGGUCCAGGGACACUAGAACCUUUGUCCAAAAAUUUGAUUGAUUCUAGUUUGAAGACAAAGAAAAUUAAGACCAAAAAGCAAUUAGCUGCUGCGUAUGAACGCGCCCUAGAAGAACCUACCAUUGAUGAAGAAGUGGCAAUUGAUGAAGAGGACGAGGGCCAUGAUGGAAAAAGUGAAGACAUAGAUGAAGACGAAGAUGAAGAAGAGGAUGAAACGGGGUACUCCUCAGAAGAACUUGUAGAUGGCAAUAAAGAUGAGUCUGAUGACGCUGAAGAAAAUAAGGAACCUGCACGUUUGGCUAGUAAGCAAAGUAAGAAGAAACAAGCAGGAAAAUCGAAAAGAUCUAAAAAUAAAGUGGCCAGAGAUCGAGUAAAAGCAACAGGUAUAGCUAAGGUAGUAUCUUCACCUGAAUCUGAAUAUACAUAUGAAAAGAAACACAAUGCGAUGCGAUUUUUCAGGGCCAAUCUACAAAAGAGCUUACUUUCACGAAGUGAGCCGCCUGCAUAUGAAGACCUGAAGCGAUCCAACAACACUUUGGAAAAGCUAGAAAAAUUUAACGAAGUGACUGAUGUUUCAGUAGAUCUGUUAAGGUCAUCAAAACUACAUAAGGUUCUCAAGGCAAUUUUGAAAGUUCCUGAGCUAGAGAGGCCGGAUGAUUUUAAGUUUCAUACUCGGUCACAAGCUGUACUGAACUCAUGGGGGCCAUACCUGGAGGAACUAAAGCAAGAGCGUAUCACUCAGUCAACGGUGCCUGCAAAAUCUGAGGACGAGUCAAAAGGAACUGAUAUAGAGCCAAACGGGGAAGGGAAAAUAGAAGCCAACGGGGAAAAUGGAAAGAAGGCGAACGGUGAAGAUAUGAAGGAAGCUGGUGUCGAAGGCAAUGCUCAAAAUAAUGAAGAAAAUGAAGAGUAA